AUGGACUCCAUUUACUCAGCCACAUAUAGCAAUGUACCUGUGUACGAAUUCAAGAUCGAUGGCGACAGUAUCAUGCGACGGAGAUCGGACGACUGGGUCAAUGCGACACAUGUUCUUAAGGCCGCAGGGUUUGAUAAGCCUGCGAGGACUCGAAUCCUAGAACGAGAGGUUCAGAAGGGCAAACAUGAGAAAGUGCAAGGUGGUUAUGGAAAAUAUCAGGGAACAUGGAUUCCCCUACCAGAGGCUCGUAUGUUAGCAGAGCGCAACCACGUCUUUGCCAAGUUAGCACCCAUCUUCGAGUAUGUUGCCGUUGCCGGAGAUCGCAGCCCUCCACCUGCACCAAAACACACCUCCGCUGCCUCUAAACCACGUGCACCACGCAAGUCCGCCAAAAACACUGCUGCCCUCGCUGCAGAAGCCUUCUCUGUGAUCCAACCAACCCAAAAUCGAAAUAUGGGCCCUCCAAACCUCCCCCAUGAACAAUAUGAAAGCACUGCGUUUGAUGACAACGAGUCCAUUGAACAGGCAACCCUCGAAUCCUCUUCCAUGAUGGCAGAUGAAGAUAUGCAAAUGUCCCAACAUGGGGGCCGAAAGCGCAAGCGCGGCACGAAUGAAGCACCCACCAUGAGCAUCGCUGAACAAGAGCACAUUAUGUAUGGUGAUCAAUUGCUGGACUAUUUCAUGACUGUAGGAGAUGCUCCUCAAGCGACGCGAAUCCAACCUCCAGCACCCCCCGCCCAUUUCCAGAUCGACCGGCCAAUUGAUGACUCGGGCAACACCGCGCUGCACUGGGCUUGCGCCAUGGGUGAUCUGGAGAUUGUGCACGAUCUACUUCGUCGAGCAGCCAAUCCCAAAACCUUGUCUAUUCAUGAAGAAACCCCUCUUGUUCGAGCCGUUUUGUUCACCAAUAACUACGAAAAGCGGACUUUCCCUGCUCUGCUGGAUCUAUUGCUGGACAGCAUAACAUUCCGAGACUGGUUUGGAGCUACCAUCUUCCAUCACGUUGCCGAGACCACCAGGAGCAAAGGCAAAUGGAAGAGCUCAAAAUACUAUUGCGAUGUUCUUCUGGAUAAGCUGUGCAAGAACUUUUCCCAUGAUGAAGUUGAUUUGUUGCUAUCAUGCCAGGACGACAAUGGCGACACAGCUGCCCUGGUUGCCGCCCGCAAUGGAGCAUUUCGCCUGGUCAACAUGCUGACCACUCAUUGCCCUCGAGCUGCCGACCUGGUGAACAAGAAAGGAGAAACAGCUGCCCAGAUCUCACAACGAUUCCAGGCUGAGAAUGACAUCCCGCCUCCCCCCUCUUCCAUCACCAUGGCCAACGACCAUAUUGACGGUGAACUAGGUGGCCUGGUGCAGUCAGACCGCAUGUCUAUCGCGCCGCCCAUCGAUUCAACCGCAACCUCCAAUUUACUUUCCAAGAUCGGCGCAAUCAUGGCGGAUGCCAACAAGAAACUUGCAUUGACCUACGGCAACUCCAAAGUCUCUCAGCAAGACUCCACCGACGUUACCAACCCUGAAGCACUAUUCGAACAACUCGAAUCGGAUCGGGAGAAGAUUCGGAAGCAGGUGGCUGCCCUUGUUGCCAAGGAGCUCGAGCACGAACCUAGCAAUAGCCAGCUAACCCGUUACGAGAAAUUGCGCGGCACUUACGAGUAUCUUCUUGAACGCGUGCAGUACGGUCAACUCGUGGAGAAAUUGUCCUCGGUUCCGAAAGUUUCGCCGACGGACCCAUCCUCUCUCAACGAGGAAGAGCUGAUCGCGCAAUAUAAGGUUGCACGCGAUCUCGUGGAUGCACAGAAGAAACGCCGAAAUGCGGUACGCGAUCUUGCUCAGCAAACCGCAGACGCGGGUGUGAGCACCAAGUUUGAUGUGCACCGUAAGCUGGUGGCUCUAGCCACUGGUUUAAAAGAAGAAGAGCUUGAUCCGAUGGCGGCUGAGCUGGCUGAGACUCUGGAGUUCGAUCGCAUGAAUGGCAAGGGUACAUCUCCCGAGCCGUCUCAGCUAGCAUCCGCUAAACUGCCUGCCACACUGGCUUCCGAGCGUAUCGCUGUGGAUACCUAG